AUGGCUUCUAAGGUCUCGUGCUUGUACGUUUUGACAGUAGUUUGCUGGGCAAGCGCUCUCUGGUACUUAAGUAUAACCCGUCCUACUUCUUCCUACACUGGCCACAGACAGGUUAAUAGCAUAUCAAUAGCCAGAAAAAAUGUCUCCUUUGGCAACAUAAGAACUCGACCUAUAAAUCCACAUUCCUUUGACUUUCUCAUCAAUGAGCCUAAUAAAUGCGAGAAGAGUGUCCCUUUCUUGGUCAUUCUUAUCAGCACAACUCACAAAGAGUUUGAUGCAAGGCAAGCAAUUCGGGAAACAUGGGGAGACGAAAACAAUUUUAAAGGAAUUAAGAUUGCCACGCUGUUUCUUCUUGGGAAAAAUGCAGAUCCUGUAUUAAAUCAGAUGGUAGAGCAAGAAAGCCAAAUUUUUCAUGACAUUAUUGUAGAGGAUUUUAUUGACUCCUAUCAUAACCUCACUCUGAAAACAUUAAUGGGGAUGAGGUGGAUAGCAACAUAUUGUUCAAAAGCAAAGUACGUUAUGAAGACAGACAGUGAUAUUUUUGUAAAUAUGGAUAAUCUUAUUUAUAAGCUGCUCAAACCUAACACCAAGCCAAGGAGAAGGUACUUCACUGGUUACGUUAUCAAUGGAGGGCCAAUACGAGACGUUCGCAGCAAGUGGUACAUGCCCAGAGAUUUGUAUCCUGACAGCAAUUACCCACCCUUCUGUUCGGGCACUGGCUACAUUUUUUCAGCAGAUGUAGCAGAACUGAUUUACAAAACUUCUCUUCACACCAGACUCCUCCAUCUCGAAGACGUGUAUGUCGGACUCUGCCUUCGGAAGCUGGGCAUCCACCCCUUCCAGAACAGUGGCUUCAACCACUGGAAAAUGGCCUACAGCUUGUGCAGAACAAUGUGUGCAGUUCCCAAGCAGGAUGCUGAUGGUGCAAUAGCAGAAUUUAGACAGGUAAGAACAUCAAAGUCUCACGGGCCUUAGAACCAAACUCACACACAGAAGCAUUUUUUUAUCCCCCAAAUAAAUCAUUUCACAAAAUACUCCAUUUCUCGCCACUGUUACAAGUAGACCCAAAAAUAUCUAAUCCAACUUUGAAAUGAAAUAUAAUCUGUAAAUUAAAUGCAAGAUGGGAAACAUAUGGAAAAUCAUCUUAAACAUCAGUGAUAAUUUUAAAGUGAAUGCAACAUUUCUCAUUAGUAUUGGUGUCUGUGAAUCUCUCCCUGUUUAGGAGUAUAUUAAUGAAUAUGAUAACAAGAUUAUUUUCUAUUUGGAAAGAAGAUCGAAUGACUUGUGUAGAAACACAUAAUUUUAUCAAAUGAUAAAAUUGUUAGUUAAUAAGCAGCACGUUCCAUCAACGUCAGUUGGUAUACUAUUUAUCUGAACAAAAAUCUAACACAGAAGAACAUUACUUAAGGGUAAACUCUGUUUUUUUGCUUCAGUGCAUAUGAAAAUGAGAUUAAACCAUAUUUUUAAUGGUUUUUAUCCAAUGCAUUUUCUGUUGAUUGGACAACACGCAACUUCCAUAGAAAAAUAGAGAGCUUUUAAAAAAAAAAAAUCCUUCUGCCUUUGUAACCAACCUGCAGCUCUCCACCACAGAACCAGUGCUCACUGAGGUGCAGCUGAAAAAAGCACCAGAACUUAGAAAUCCCAGGGCAUGUGAUAAAGAUCAAAUAUGCAAGAUUGUAUUCAGGUUUGGUAAUGUACUUUGAUGUUCUAAAUAUGAAUGUUAAUGAGAUGUGAUGAAAAUUAUUUCCUGAAAAACUCUUCGAUGUGUUCAUACCAUCCCUGCUCUGCACUGCUUUUCAAAAAAGAACUAAAAAGUGAUAUCGCUUAGCAAGUAACUCGGAAUGAGGAAUUCAUAGGCAAUCCACAGGUAUAAAAUUCACCAAGUGUGUAUUAGCUCUGGAUUGCUCACACUGUCCACAGCUCACACGUAGGCUUCAUUCAUUUCAAUGGGAGAUAUCCAUAACAUGAAAAACUGUUAAGAAUGCACGUUAUUCAGGAUAAAGUCUAUAAAGUCGUCAGAAAUUAACUGAAUCAGAAUUUAAAGGAAAACUCCAUACCGAUUUUGCCAUAGGCGUAUAUAAUACUUUAUAACAAUAGCAAUUGAAUGAGGAUCCUACCCCAAAAGCUUUGCAGUUUCAAGACAUUGUUAGUCUUAUUCACAGGUACAACACCAUUGUUUCAAAGGGAAUUACUGGUAAAUAAGGUGAAGGGUACCUGGCAUUUGAACUACACACAGUAAAUGCCUCAGAGAUCUACUUCAAAUCUAAAUGGUGAAGCUACAGAACAGACGGCACUGCAGUUACUUGCUAAUCAACAGGAGCUCAUGAAAAUCAGUAAUUUUAUACAAAAAUACUGAAUCUCCUGCAGCAUAAUUAAGAUUUAUCCUUCUCUAGUUGACCCAGUCCUUGUUAAAGUUGCUCUUGCUUCCUUACAAAUUCAGAACUCCAACAAAACAAGGUCCAACUAAUUGCAUAUAUGUAUAUAAGAAACAGAGAGUGAAAUUCAGCUUUUUUUAAACAGGUCCCAGAAUAUGCAGUUAGGGAAGGAAAACUAGGGUGGAAUUCAACCCCAACCCUCAGUAGGUCACAGAGCAUGAAUGUAACCAUACCAGGGUACACUCUGUAGUAAUUACAACCAAGGCUGAAAUAUCUUCUACCAUUUGUUGAUACUGUGUUGUAAUUUGGGGUUUCUGAAUCUGCAAUCUGGAUUUGGUGGCUUUAAUUCUUCUGCUGGUGAUUCUAUAGUCUGUGGCUAGUAAAAUCAAGGACGGCAGAGCUCCCUGUCCUGAUACCUCAGGGCUCAAGUAGCACAGCAGCCUUGAAUUACUCCUAGUAGAAGUAGACUGCAUUAACAAUCGGAGCGUGCACCUUGAAAAUAACAUCUUCAAAAAUAUAUUUCCUGCCAUUUAUAAAUAGAUAGAUCUUAAUGACAAUGUAAAUUUUCACCUUGGAAACUAUGUACAUAUUCCUAAGGCAUUUUAUUCUGUAUUCAGCUGUAUAUAUGUGUGUAUGGUCUGCUUGCUAUGUAGUAUUCUGUUAUGCAUGGAGCUGAAUUAGGCAUUAUAUUUGUCCAGUGUUUCAAGAGCCUUAAGCAUGUGUGGCCUAACUUUUGAAUGUACAAGACUUUUUUCUUUUAUUGUCAAGUGAAUUUAAAUCUACGAAACCUAAUUUUCUACUUCUAUUAGUUUUCUCAUAGUAGGCUUCACUAGAUUGCUACACAUAAAUAAAGAGAUUAAUUUUCCCUUUGCUCAGAAAUUGCAUUAUUUCAACCUAGAGCUAGAAAGGGAAACCAUGACAGCCAUGCAUCUACUUGUGGACAGCAUGGGUUUUAUUCUCCAAGCACUUAGAAAUGCUUGUGUCACCUUGGGGACUGUUAACAAAUAACAUUGUUUGCAUUGAGCUCCCUUUAAACAAAAGGAGUAUUUGCUCCUUAAAGGUCAUUUUGUUUCACUGGGCAUGGGGCAAAUGACAAUUUGGUUAAGAUGUUCUGGCUUCUAGUCACUUCAAAACUGUGAAGUAAUCAUAUUUUUAUUUCAAAGCAUCCAGUAACAAAGCACACUGAACUAAGAAUCUAUGGGAAAGCGUCUCUCUUUUGGAGGAACUUUUCACAAAACACUUCUAGGCUGAAUUCAUGAGAGUAUUUAGACAGAAGUCUCAAGAUUCAUUUUCCGUCUUUCCUAAUAAUAAUCUUAAGUAUCAAUUUUCAUUUGUUACGGGGAUUUUUGUCUUUAUAACGUAGAUGGCAAUGGCAUUUGUAAAUGAAGAGUGUAAUUAACUAGAAAAGCUUGUCAACAGUAACCAAACUUUAGGUGUAUCAUUAUAUACGAUUGGCUGUACUUACGUAUUUAUUUGUCUAAAUUGUAUAUAUUGUUUUAUCUCCGGUGUCCGUA